GUAACUAUGGCGGAUAGUCGUGAGAACUAGUCAAUGAACUCGACAGAUUUGAGUAAUCCUUACCAAGAGCUUGGCGUUUCCGAAAACUCCAGCCACGAAGAAAUUAAACGAGCUUAUCAAAGACUUGUACUAAAGGUACACCCAGAUAAACUGGAUGAAUCAUUAAGUCAAGAAGAUCGUGACAAAGCCUACAAGAGGUUUCUGGCCAUUGACAAGGCUUGGAAAAUCCUUAAUAACCAAGAAACAAGAGCAGACUGUGACAGGCAACUCAAAGAACAGGGUUUGUCACAAGAUUGGCCAGUUAGUGAUGAAGUAGAUUUGGAUGACAUGGAAUAUCAUGAAGAUACAGAGAGUUAUUCAAGUGUGUGUCGCUGCAGUGGAGAGUAUGUGAUAAGUGACAGUGAUUUGGAAAAUGGACACAACAUUGUAUGUUGUUCAAACUGCACCUUGAGCAUCAGAGUGCUAUACAAUGUGCUUCAAGAUGAUGCCAGUAAUAACCAGUAACAGAGCAGGGAGAAAAUUUAUAGAGAUAAUUUCUUGGUGGGUAAGAAAAAUAGAAGCCAACAACUAACUUUCCUGUGAGCUGAGGAAGAGACAUAAAUCACUGAUAUGUGAAUGUCACUUUCAGGAAGGUCUUGUGCACCCAUGAUCCCGUGUUGCAAUCCUGAAAUGCAAAAUGUAUGCUUGUACCUUAGCUCCUAGUAGAGUACAGACAUGGUACUGUAAUCUUUUGGAGCCAACUCAGUUCAAAGAACAAACUAAUCUUUUAUAAAAAGUACAAUCCAUAGCACUCAGUUGUUAUAUUUGUGUGAUGGUAUUCUAAGCAAACAGAAAGUCAAAUGAAUAAAGGGGGUAAGCUUCUAAAGAAA